AUGGACUGGGAGAAGAAGUGUGAGUUCAACUUCAACUUACACAACAUAACCAACAUCAACAGAGUCAAACUGGCGGUCUCUGAGUUCAAUGACUAUGCCCUAAGGUGGUGGGAACAAGUCGUGACCGCGAGGGAGAUUGGUGGAGCUCUUGAAGUCUCUACCUGGGAAGAGAUGAAAAGGAUCAUGAGGCAGAGGUUCAUUCCUAGCUAUUAUCAGAGAGAGCUACAUUCAGUAGGCUCACUCAAGGAUCCAAAACUGUUGAGGAAUACUUCCAGGAGAUGGAGGUUAUGA